AUUGACAAUAUUAAUAUCAAAGAGCACUAGGCUUAUUAUCUCAACCAAUCACAACUCGGCGGGAAGUUUUGAGUGGGCCAAUCAGGAGCCUUCUAGCCAUUGUGUAAAGUCCGUUAGUAGGAUUUGUUUUGGGGUGGGUUUUGUUCGUUUUAUAAUUUUAGUCGCGAUAUUUUGAAGUAAAAACGGAAUCUUUGAUCAAUUUUUAAUUCUUAGCGUAUAUUUAUUCGGUUGUUCACAAUAGUCAAUUAGUGCGAUCGUUACUAUAUUCGGGUUAUAAUCAGACAAUAUUGUUUCACAAAUAUCACAUGAUUCUAGUUUAAUCUGAAAUAAUUUGGAUUUAUACAUCAUGGAUCAGCAGGUGAAGGAAGGAUUUAAGAUUUUCAUGAGUGCAUUUAGUAGAUUAGAAGAAAGAAGAAAAGGGCUAUCAGUCGUAGAAAAUAGAAUGCAGGAGGAUAUUGAGCAAUGCUUAAAAAGGAUUGAAGAAGUGAAAUCAAAUAAGAAGAGAUUACCAUUCUAUUCACCUCAGUAUGAAUUACCCAUUGCUCUUGAAGAAGAACCUGUCAAAGAAGUGCGGAAAAGAGGGCGUAAAAGGAAAGAGGAGAAAGUUGUUUCUGAAAAUAAUACUGACAGCAAAAUGUCAACGAGAAGAAAGUUCCGUAAGCGUGUUUCUGAUGAUGACUUAAUUGAAGAGCAGCCAGUAUCUAAGCGCAGAGGAAUCACAGAAAGUAAAGCUGUUCAACAAGAUACACCUAAGAAAGUCUUGAAAGCUAAAAGUACAUUUUCAGAAAAAAGAUCCAUCUUGAAUAUCAUUGAUAAUGAAUUAGAAGAAAAAGAUAAUAAUAAUUUGUGCAAAAUUGGUUUAUUAAAUGGUAAUGGGACAGUUUUAAAUACCAAAACUUCAAGCCAUCAAGUAAUGGAAGGAGAAAAACCUUUAAUUGAUACAGAUAAGAAUUCUAAUUCGAAAAACUCAAACAGAUCCAGAAAUAAUGAAGGCAGCAAUAAAGUAUCUGAAAAUACUGUUCAGUCAAAAACAUUUAUCAAAGGUAAGAAGACAGAUAAAACUAUCUUUGAUCAAGAAAAGACUGUCAUUCUUCCUGAUUCAAAAAAUAAUACUAAUCUUGAAAGUGAAAGACAUAUCACAAAAAAUACAGAAGUUACUAGGAUAGAAAUGAAAUCCAUCACGAAUGUUUCCAAAACAGCUAUAAGCUCCACUGUAUCCUCAUCAUCUAAUCAAGUCAACUCAGUUAUUAUGAAAGAUGAGACAAUCAAACUUCAUCAAAAUACCAAUUCAAAGUUAUUAAAAACAAUUAAUCUAACAGUCAAAAACACUAUUAUUUUAUCCAGUGAAGAUGAGGGUAAAGAAAACUUGGAACCAGUAGAUAAUAAAACACUGAAGAAACAUCUUGAAAAUGAAAAUGUUUCAAAUGAUUUUGUUGUUCCUCUUAAUCCAUCUAUUCAUGCGACAAUUGUUGCUUCAUCUCAGUCGUCUUCGGAUGAGGGUUCACCUGUUCAGAAGAGGUUUACUAGAUCCAAAUCAAAAGCUGUAAAAGGGAAUGAAAAAAUAUGCUCUUCCUCAUCUUCUGAGCCUUCAUCUAAUGAAGAUUCUCCUGUAAAAGAACGUUCAAAUCAGUCUAAAAUGAUGAAGGGGAAAGAAUUGCCUGUUUCUUCAUCAGAAGAAAAUGUAGCAUUCUCUUCAGAUGAAGCCCCUGUUCCUCUACCAAGGAUUACUAGAUCUAAAAUGGCUAAACCAAAGGAACAGCCAAAAUCAAAUUUAAAUGAUUGCAAUCAUACUCCACCUGAAGAGGAAAGAGCUCCAGUGUCUAAUAUUAGAAUGACUAGGUCAAAAAUGGCGAAACCUAAAAAGGACAAGAUUGCUGCAGAAAGGUCCGCUGAGGAUUCUGAUGCAAAAAGUGAAAUCAACUCCUGCUCUGAUGGUGAAAUGGGAAAGAAAAAAGUGAAAGAUAUUGUAAAGAUGAUAAAUGAAAAACAAGCUUUGGUGCUUUUAUCUCCAGUCCCAAUAACAAAGGAGCAAGAGAAAGAAAAUCAUCAGGUUGGUAUUAUGAAGAUGCUUGAAAAGAAAGAAAAAAUAACACCCAUCAUGGUGAGAAAGGGAAUGAUAACAAAGACAACUCCUCUCCAAGUUAGGAAUGGUUAUAUUACACCUAACAAGAAGCCUGCACCUAUAAUAUCAAGUGCUACAAGAAACAAGUCUGUUAUGGAUGAUGUUGAAAAGCGGAAAAAGGAAGAAGAAGCCAGACUUAAAAGACUGAAAGAAGAGGAAGUGUUACGUAAAAAGCAAGAAAUGCUUAAAAUAAAGCAAGAAGAGCUGAAGAAAAAACAUGAAGAAAAAAUGCUUAAGGCAGCAGCGAUGCGUGAAGCCGCUGAAAAAGAAAAGACUGAAUUUAUUUUAAAGCAAGAAAAAGAACGAGAAGAAAGGGAGAAAAUGACUAAAGCAGAAAUUGAGCGUAAGAAGAUGGAAGAGGCUUAUAAAAAGAAAAUGGCUAACCAGACAAAGGCAGCGGAAGUAGAAAUCCGAAGGCUUAGAGAAGAAGCUGCAAGGGCUGCAAAAUUGAAAGAAAUGGAAGAAGAACAACGGCAACAUGAAGAGUUGAGGCAAAAGCAGUUAGAGGAGAAUGAAAGAAUUAUGAAAAUGAGACAAGAGGAUCAAAGAGCUAAAGAAGUUUCAAAACAAAAGUUAUAUCAAAAGGAAAUUCAGAAGAAAAUGAAGGCCAAUGUAAUCCCAUUAAAAGAUAAGGAUAAUUACAGCAUAACUGGAGAUCUAUUGGCAGAUGAAGACUCAGAAGAUAUCGACGAAGAGAAUUUGAAAAAGGAAAUUCCCACUUGGGCUAGAAGUGAAGAAAGAUUAUUACCUAGUAGAAUACAGGUUCACUAUCCCAUGAGUUUAGUUAUGGACUUUUUCUGUUGUCCUUCAUCCAGUCCUGAUUUAACUGAUAUUUUUGGUAAAAUGACAAUGAAAAGGAUCCGAUCAUCUAGUGCUGUUUGGCUUGAUUCACCACCAUUAAAAGUAUUUCAGCCAGUUAACAAUUGAUGUAUUUAUAUAUAUAUUUUUUUAUUAUUAUUAUAUCACCUGAAAUGGGUGACGCGAUAAAUGCUGUAUAAAAACAUUUUGUUGAAAUAUUUAUUGUCAAUUUUUAUGUUUUAUUUUAAUUAAACUAUAUUAUUCUGUAUUGUACAUAGGUUGGUUUGAUAAUGUGAAAUAAUUUUAACAUUUUUAAAUUAGUUUUAGAGGAAACUUUAAUUAGUAGACUUGUAUUUUAGAUUAAGAUGUUUAUUUGUACUAUAUUUAUCAAUUAAUUAAUUGCAUUAAAAGCAAAAUGUUAUUAUGAAGUUACUGUAAAUUUUAACUCAAAUUCAUUUUAUUAUUUAAUUAAUAUUAUUGAUUAUAUUAGCUAUGGAAAUAUAGUGAAGUUAAAAAAUAAAACAUUUUGAUACAGUUUUUUUUCUAUUUUUAAGUUUUAGGAGGGAUAUAUAUUGUUGAUACUCAGAAAAAGAUUAUGAAUAGACCUCCUAAAAAGUGAAUUAUUAAACACUUCCCAAAAAUUCUGGAAAAAAAAAUACUCAGUUUCUCAGUAAGAGCAGUUUUGACGUGAACUUUUUUUAAAUAGUAUUUUGUUUGUGAAAUUGUUUCGAAAAACAGCAAAAUUUGCAUUGUAUAGUGUAUAGUGAGAAGCGUGAUUCGGGUAGUGGCAUUUUCUUACCUUCAUAUAUUUUUAUUAGUGAAAAUAGUAGGCAGAUAGACAAAUAAUUAAAAAAAUUGUUUGUUUUUUUAAUAUGAAAACUUGUCAAAUAGGCGAAGCAAUUAAGUAAUUAAAAAUAAUGGGUUGAUGGUUGACUAGAGUAAAUAAUUGAAGAGAAGUUGGUUGGGGAUGGUAAAACUCCAACAAACUUCUCUUUGAGUAAUUAAAACUUGUAAAUAGAUGAAGUAAUUGAUAUUCAAUCAUGAUUUCAUUAUCAUCUCAUUACUGCCAUAGACUGAAAUUGUGGGUGAAAUGAGAAAUAUAAAGAAAUGGUAAUGAGAAUUAAAACAUGAAUCCUUUAGUUGCACAAAGCCUGUAUCAAGAUCAGGUUCCGUCUGCGCGGAGUACUGAAGGUCUAGCCAAGCCCGUGUGCGCAGGAUUUGCUCACUGAAUUGCUCUCGUCUUUUUGCACUUUUCACAUUAAAAUAUGCUUCUUUUUUUUUUUAUAACUGACUUAUUCAUUUUUCUUUAAUAUGAUGUUUAGCUCAUAUUUCAAUAAACAUUUUUUUUUUAAUUUUAUA